UGAAGUAUGUGAAGCGGCAGGCUAGUAUGUUGGUUCACACUUACAGCACGUUGCUGCGGCAGGCAGAGCAACUCUAUCACAAACCAGUGGCAUGUAACUAGCAUUCUAAGCGAGUACAACAUGAAUAUCGAUGGCUUUUUGUUGAUGGGAACUUUCAUAAUUUUGGCCUCUAGUGCCGACGCGGACUGCGUGGUUGGAGGGGAAUCCCUGGAAAAGAACUCAGCAGUUCUCGUCACUUGCUCGGGGAAAAACAUCACCUCCGUGCCCCAGUCAAUUCCGAAGAAUGUCACCGAACUGUUCCUUAGAAAUACAGCCAUACAGAACUUGAAUCAGUCUGACUUCAAGUCAUUUAGAAAACUAACAACACUGAGUAUUAACCACGACUAUGCCCUGUUGGGGAUCGACCCGCACACGUUUACGCAGAACCCAGAAUUACGAUUCAUUGAAAUUAGAGACUGCACCAACCUAAAAACAAUAGAUGACUCGGCCUUUGUGGGAAUAAGAAAGUUAAGACACAUGGAAAUUGUCAGUUGUGGCUUAAUGGCAGUGCCCAGAGUUCACAGAACCUCAGAUCCUUUGGAUGAAUUGGACUUUUCCCAGAACCCGUUUGAAGUGAUCAGUAAUCGCAGCUUUGAUACAGUCGUAACAGCCAAUUUACGACUUAUAAACACAGGACUACACCGCAUUGAAGACUUUGCAUUCACUGGAGCUAUAAUUCAGAAAAUUGUAUUGAAGAAUAAUGCCAAAUUAACUGACAUCAGGCCAAAUGCAUUCAAAGGGAUAGAAGGACUCAAGUAUAUUGACCUAUCAAGCACACAUAUAACCAGCCUACCAUUUGAAGGCCUUCAAGAGUUGAGGGAGCUGCUUCUACAAGAUACCCGCACUUUGCGCAAAUUCCCUCCAACAUUUAACUUUCACAAGAUGGAGAAAGCCCAUCUCACUUACGCUCACCAUUGUUGUGCUUUUCAAAAACCAGAUCUUCAACACCCGAAAUUGUUUGAAGAAUUUCAAAAAGAACAACAGAAAAUUAGGGAAGAAUGCCCUGGAUCUGGUACAACUUUGCAGACAACAAAGGCAUCAAUGGAAGCAGAUUACAGGUACAAGCGCCAUGCCCAGGAAUGGGAUUCAUUCCAGGCUUUUAUAGAAACAUUUCCUGGUAACAAGUUCCUUCACCAUUUAUUCAGGCGAGGUUUUGGGGAAUUCAGAACAAGCACAGAUCCACCACAUGGAAGGACAACUUCAAACCCUUGGGGAGCUCAUAAAGAAAACCCAGACACUCCUGAGAAUAAUCUUGUGACCCCAUCACAGCCUAUCUUUCUCCCAGGAGUCACCAUUCCCAGGAACCACACCAUUUUGGUAAAGUGUGGAGAUGGGGUUCUGAACCGUGGGCGUCCUUAUCAUGACAUCGAGUGUACUCCUCAGCCAGAUGCUUUCAAUCCCUGUGAAGAUGUAAUGGGCUACACAUGGCUGCGGGUCAUGGUGUGGUUUGUUCUGCUAGCUGCAUUACUAGGCAACCUCCUUGUUAUUAUUGUCCUCCUUCACAGCUGGCAAAAGAUGUCUGUCUCCAAGUUUCUCAUGUGUAACCUAGCCUUCGCUGACCUUAUGAUGGGACUCUAUCUGCUCCUGCUGGCUUCUUUUGAUGCCCACACUCUGGGGAAGUACUUUAAUUUUGCCAUAGAGUGGCAAUAUGAAGGUGGAUGCCAGGCAGCAGGAUUCAUCACAGUAUUCGCCAGUGAGCUUUCCGUCUACACGCUCUCGGUGAUAACUUUGGAGAGGUGGUAUGCCAUUAGCCAUGCCAUACAUCUCACCAAACGUCUUCGCCUAAAACAAGCAGCAUUGAUCAUGUUCCUGGGAUGGAUUUUCGCUAUAAUCAUGGCCAUGCUCCCAGUAAUUGGAGUCAGUGACUAUGGAACCACCAGUAUAUGCCUUCCAUUUGGAGUGGAGGCACCUGAAGAUCUUGGGUACUUGGUAUUUGCUGUGGGCUUCAAUGGUUUGGCCUUCAUCAUAAUUUGUGUUUGCUACAUAAGUAUGUAUUGUAAAGUGAGUGGCAGUGACUCCACAGCAAGAAGCAGUGAUGCGACCAUAGCCAAAAAGAUGGCAAUUUUGGUGUUCACAGAUUUUGCUUGUUGGGCUCCCAUUGCCUUCUUUGCAUUUACAGCAGUUGGGGGAACACCUCUCAUAGACAUUACCAACUCCAAAAUAUUACUUGUGUUCUUUUAUCCACUGAAUUCUUGUGCAAAUCCAUUUUUGUAUGCCAUAUUUACCAAGCAGUUUCGAAAAGACUUUCUUAUCACCUUGAGCUAUUAUGGCCUCUGUACAAAAAGAGCAUCUCGCAUGAAGGCAUCCUAUAACAGUAAUCAUAUGUCAAUGUCGCAGACAAGGAACAGCUUGGGUGCUAUCCAUAAUGUACAUCAUCAUCCCUCUGAUGGUUCAAUUCUCACACAGUUCACUACAGAUGGCACUGGAGGUCCUCGUAGCUCCAUUAAGAAUUCUCCAACAAGCACUCCAAAAAGCACACCCCAAAAUACCCCUAAGGCAUCCCCAAAAGGAAUCAAGAAAGCUAUGAAUGGGAUUUUGAAAACUAGAGGCUCUGGGAGCUCUAAUCAUAGCUCUAGUUCAGGUUGCAGUGUUGAUAGUAAGCUGGACCCUCAACGAAAACUGAGCAUUGUGCCAGAAAGCAGUCAUUCUGAAGCAGACAAUGAUCAAGAAGAGUUGGUUCCCAAGUCUGAGCUGGGGAAUGGAGAUGUUUCCAAAGAAAAUAUGGACAAGGAAGAUCUGAAGGAGAGCAAAACAGCUGAUGAAAAGAGAAGUUCUUUCAGAAAAUUAGGCAAAGUCAGCAAAAAGCGCAAGUGCGGUGGGACACCGAUUGAAAAUGACAGUCAAGGGUCAGACAAUACAGCAUUCCAUAUGAGUACUAGUGAAGAUUUUAUUGCAGAAAGUGACUCAGAACUCUUAGAGCAAGAUGAUUUGAAUCACAAUCACUCGCAAUCAUUUCAUAGAAAGGGUCCAGGCAGGGAGAGUGGUAUAAGCUCUGUUUCUGGAAGUCCAAAUGUAGACUGUGAGCAACUGUGUUCAGAAGAGGUCAUCCUUCGUAGAAAGAGCACAGACAGAGAGAGUGGCUUUCAUUCACAACAAAACACUCCCGUUUCUUCAUUAUCAAAAAAACAAUUUUUUGAUCUCUUAAUGAAAAGUCCAGAAGUUAUUACACAAGACACUAAAGUAUAGUGGAUUCAGAUUUUUAGGCACAGUUUCAUUACAUGUGUUUGUAAAGCUUUGGUUAGGUUGCCACCAAAGAGAGAUGGCUUCGGAGAGCAAGGUUGACUGUUGUGCAGGUUUCUUUAUAUAAAAUUUACUAAAUACUGAUGACAGGUGCUUACAGGUUAAUACAAUGUAUGUCAUUGUAAGUGAAUUGAAUGAACAUUCACUCUCUGAUUGCAAAGAAUUAUUGAAAUGACUUAUAUAACUGCAUGGCAGUUGCAGGAGGCAUGUGUUCAAUAAGAAAUUUUGCUUUUGAAGAAAGGGCACCUUCAUUAUUUAAGGCAUAGGGGUGAUAUAUUUUGCAUUGAAGCAUUAUUUGUGAUUGAUAAUCAUAAGUUUUAUUUAUUAUACCCGACUUUUCUUUUUCACUCUGGAUUCCAUGUUCAAAAUAUUAAUAUAUGAGUUAACGGCUGAAGGCUCAUGAAUGUGUGAUGACAGUGUCAUGUUUGUUCCCAAGAAACUUCAGAAAUUGAUCUGAAAAAUGGGUGUUGGUUAAAAUUUUGGGCAAAUGAAAAUUUAGAGGAUAAUUUUGGGUUUUAAAGAAAUUCAGUCAAAAUUCAUUUCAGUGAAGUAUUUAACACCAAUAAGUCACAUCAUAUUUUUCAAGUUCAAAGUUUAUAAGCUGUCAUUUCCAGAUUUGAAGUUGCAGAUCACUUGUAAAUAAAAAAUAGAUAUUAAUAUGGUAUUGUAGUAGAUUUGGAUUAAAUGAAGUGUCAGCGAAAAAUGCAUAAGAUUCAAGGUCAGACACAGGGAAGGGUACAGCAGGCAUAUACCCACCCCAGAAUUAGUGAAAUACCCC